AUGUCCCUCACUCGAGCAGCUAAUACAGCGCUGGAGGCAUGCCCACGCGCAACUCCAGGGCCAUCGCGACUCCCAGCGAUCGUCGGGGCCGCUUCGGUCUGGCGGGCGCCCAUCAGACCGCGGUCUCGAUUGGUCUCCCGACCUCGUCAGGCGAGAUGGAACUCUACGGCCCCGGCGGAUGGUGUCCUGCCAGUGCAGCCUGCAGCGUUCGAUGCGCUGAGUACGGCGCUGUCGGCUUCGCAGCCGUGCUUUGGCGCAAGAGGGGACGAGAUUACUCUUUAUACCACACCGGAGGAGUUUAAGCGGGCCAUGCUGGAGAUGAUCAAGAGGGCCAAGAGGAGGAUAUUGAUCAGUAGCUUGUAUAUUGGCGCGUCUCAGGCUGAGCUCAUUGACGCCUUGAGGACAGUUUUGACUGCCAAUCCUCAUCUGCGGGCAGGCAUCAUAUUGGACUAUCACCGCGCCACUCGGCUCUCACCCUCUGAUACCAACCCAGCAUCCACAGCGCACCUCCUUCUGCCGCUCGCAGAGGAGUUUGGCGAUCGGUGCGAGGUGUACCUGUAUCGCUCGCCGAAUUUAAGGGGGGUAAUGGAGAAAAUCGUUCCAGAGCGAUACGACGAAGCAUGGGGUACAUGGCACGGCAAGUGGUACUGUGUCGACGACGAGGUCAUCAUCAGCGGGGCAAACCUCGCUUCAUCCUACUUUACCAACCGGCAAGACCGGUAUAUCCACUUUCGCUCCCAUCCGACACUCCUCUCAUACCUCUUCUCCCUGACCCGCCUAUACGCGCACUACUCGUAUCAUCUCUCCCCGAACCCGUCUGGCGCGCUCUCACCACUCCAUUCUGUCCCUCUUCCUACUCCCAAAGGCGCCCCAGCCUCAAAAGCCGCCCUGCUCUGGCCGGACAGGUCGAUACAUCCCCGGAGCUUUCACUCCCACGCACUGGCGACACUCACUGCUUUCCAGAAAUCCUGGAAGGCGGGCAAUGUACAGCGUCUCAGACGCGUUGACGUGGAUACCUGGUUCUGGCCGGUGAUUCAGUCUGGGGUGUUGGGGCUGAAAGAGGAAGAGGCGGCGCUGGAAAGGGUGUUUGGCGCGGUACAACAGGCGUGUCAGGGAGAGGGGACCAGCGUGGAGGUAGACCUGACGAGCGGGUACUUUGGGCUGUAUGACAAGUAUAAGAAGAUGGUGAUAGCCUCGCCAGCUUUGACAAGGGUCAUUGCUGCAUCGCCCAGAGCGAACGGCUUCUACGGCUCGAAAGGCUUCUCCCGGCUCAUCCCCGAAGGCUACACCCUCCUUCUGUCCCGCUUUCACCGCGCCCUGGUCCAGCACCACCGAUCACAUGACCCACACACCCGCAAGGGUGUCCUUCUGAAAGAAUGGACUCGCCCUGACUGGACAUACCACUCCAAAGGUCUCUGGGUAUCUCCCUCGCCUCCCGCUUCCGCCGCUGUGUCGAGCACCGCGCCCCCAUCUUCAGCGGGAACCUACCCAUUCCUCACCUUCGUCGGGUCUAGCAAUUUGAGCACCCGAAGUCUCAAGCUCGAUACAGAGCUGUCCAUGGUGCUCAUGACGUCUUCCCCAACACUGCGGCGUGCGUUGGGGAAUGAGGUGCGGAAUCUGGACAAGCAUGCGGAGGUGGUAGGUGGCGAGACGUGGAAGAAGGAGGAGCGGCGCGUGAGCUGGUUGGCGUGGUUGUUGGUGGCUUUGGGGGUGGAGGGGAUGUUAUAA